UGCUGCAAAGACCCACCAAUAAUCGCAAUCUGUACUCAAACUUAGUGACCGCAGGUAUCUGCCAGCCGAACCAAGAUGCUGUCGCUACCUAUGAUUGCACCGCGACCGGACGCCUCCCUCUGGCCCUCCCACCGCGCAAACCACAGCUACAUCGACGACAGAAGCUCACAGUCACCCCCUAACGCCAACUCGCACAACCAACGCCGACCAACCUCCCACCAUGGCCCGCGCCAUACUUCCGCCCUCCUCGCAGCCCUCACAAACGACGAGAACACAAUCGAACAACGCAAGCAAAACGUCCGCCGUUUCGGCGCUGGCUGGCUCCGCCCACCGGGUGUUGCCAAAACCCUGCAGGCGAUGAAGGACGAGGAACUAGAGAAGGAGGAACAGGACAUGAUGCAGCGGAGGGAGCAAGUGAUGAUGGAUCUAGCAGCCGCGCAGCAAGAUGCUGCGAAUGAAGAACAGCGAGAACAGGGAGACCAAAUGGAAGGCCAAGAAGAGGAAGAACGAGAUCUAGACGAAGAAGUGCCCGAAGCGUCGGCCUCUGAGUCUGCUUCUGACUCGUCCGACGACCCUGGCAGCGAUGACGAGGGCCAGGAUACUACCGUGCCGUUCAACGAAGACUCUUUUAUCGAAGGGAGUAUGCUGGAAGCGGAGGUGAGCCACAUGCUGGAGAUGGAGGAAGCGGAAAUGGCGGGCGUUCUGCAAGACGAGCGCGAUCUAGACGACGAUGUGCCUGAGGCGGGGAGCUACGAGCAUACCGACUCUGAACUCGAAGACUCCAGCGAUAUCGAUCGCAGCCACCUACCCACACCGCAUCUCAAUUCAGCUCGGUCGAGACGGUCGAUGAGAAGAGAAAGUGGGAGACGGAGCUCGGGACGCAGGAGCUCUGGGCUUCCGAGUGGUAUCGUGGCUACCGGCGCUGGUGCAGGCCCUGUAGCUAGUAGACUUAGUCUUGGGGUGGACCUGGGCCGGGGGAGGAGUAGCUUCGGGAUGGAUGGCAGCAGUUCAUUUAUGGAGAGCAGCUCGUUUCUCAGGAGCUCACCUGCUGGCGCUGCGGCUGCAGUGCGAGGAACUCUUCGAGACCGCUUCUUAGGUGCUGUGAGGGGUGGAAGGAGGGAUUAGGCUGUUGCUAUUGACGACAUGAUUGAUAUCCACGAGACACGACUUAUGAAGUUACGAGCUAUGAUGGGAAGGUAUUAGUAGCAUUAGGAGGUUUUUGAAGAACUGGUUUAUUAUCAAUAGCUGGUAAUAAUGCUAACAUUCUUCGCACUCGCUGUCCAGCCUGUUGCGAUCGCUCGCCACACUCUCCUCUUCUCAUGCAAAGCAUCGAGGGCCUACCCCAUUCACACUCUCUUCCCCCUUAUCACUAUUACCCCACCGUCUUCUUAAUCCAAUAAUUCCCACAUCGCCCGCCCCAAGAACGCCGCCGCAUCCCCAUAAACAUCUGCCCAGACCUUACGACCCCUCCUCCCCAACGCCAAUGCCACUCCUACACUCCUGAUCCAACGUUCAAGCUGCCCCACGCCCACCUCGAGGAAAAAGACUUCCAGCCGCGCUUCGACAGU